CAGAGAAGUUGCAGGAGAUGAGGGUGGUGCUGGCCAACAUGCUGGGCCAAGGGUAUGGUGAAAUUCACACAAUAUUGAUAUAUACAGAGUGGUCACUGGUGGCCCAUCUAAACGGUGUCGUUUCAGCAACGGUCAAAACCACCAAAAGUAGUUGGAAUUUGGAAAAAAAUCCUCUCCCUGCACUAUCUUGCAUUGGGCUUCAAGCAGAUAAGAUUUUAAGAGCUCUCUUUCUCUCCACAGUGGCAUCCAUGGCCGAAGCUUAUAGAAUGUUCCACACAGCUCUGACACUCACACUCCCUCCUUCUUUCUCUCAAACCCCAUCUCGUCACUCUAAGCCCAUCCCCCGGAGACACCCAAUUCGGUGCUCAAUAUCCACCACCGACACCACCAAAACCUCCGUGACCCAGAAGAUCCCCUGGGGCUGCGGGGUGGAUUCGUUGGAAAACGCAGCCUUGCUGCAGAAAUGGUUGUCGGACUCGGGCCUCCCGCCCCAGAAAAUGGGUAUUGAAAGAGUUGAAGUCGGGGAGAGGGGGUUAGUUGCUCUCAAGAACAUCAGGAAGGGGGAGAAACUGCUCUUUGUGCCUCCCUCACUCGUCAUUACUGCAGACUCGGAGUGGAGCUGCACAGAGGCUGGUGAAGUGUUGAAACGGAGUUCAGUACCAGAUUGGCCAUUGCUGGCAACCUACCUCAUUGGUGAAGCAAGCCUCAUGCAAUCUUCAAGAUGGAGCAAUUAUAUCUCUGCCUUGCCUCGGCAGCCCUAUUCACUUCUAUACUGGACACGUGCUGAACUAGAUAAGUAUUUAGAAGCCUCGCAGAUAAGAGAGCGUGCAAUUGAAAGGAUUAAUGAUGUUACUGGAACAUACAAUGAUUUAAGGCUCAGGAUAUUUUCCAAGCAUCCCCAUUUAUUUCCUGAAGAGGUAUUCAAUAUGGAGACUUUCAAAUGGUCAUUUGGCAUUCUUUUCUCACGAUUGGUUCGUUUGCCCUCAAUGGAUGAAAAGAUUGCCUUGGUUCCCUGGGCAGAUAUGCUGAAUCAUAGUUGUGAGGUUGAAACUUUUUUGGAUUAUGACAAAUCAUCACAGGGAGUUGUCUUUACAACUGACCGGACAUAUCAGCCAAGUGAACAGGUUUUUAUAUCAUAUGGCAAGAAAUCUAAUGGAGAGUUGUUGCUAUCAUAUGGAUUCGUUCCAAGGGAAGGCACCAACCCUAAUGAUAAAGUUGAGUUGCUGUUGUCACUUAAGAAAUCUGAUAAAUGUUAUAAGGAGAAGUCGGAAGCUAUGAAGAAGCAUGGAUUGUCAACAUCUCAAUGUUUCCCUAUACAGAUCACUGGUUGGCCUUUGGAGUUAAUGGCCUAUGCUUAUUUAGUAGUCAGCCCCCCAAGUAUGAGCCAACAUUUUGAAGAGAUUGCUGCUGUGGCAUCAAAUAAAACUACAUCCAAAAAGGAUAUCAGGUAUCCUGAACUAGAGGAACAAGCACUGCAAUUUAUACUGGAUAGUUGUGAAGCAAGCAUAUCAAAGUACAGCAAGUUCCUGCAGGAAAGUGGGUCUAUGGAUUUGGAUGUAACAUCUCCAAAGCAGCUAAACAGAAGAGCGUUUUUAAAACAGCUAGCUGUAGAUUUGUGUACCAGUGAGCGGAGGAUACUAUUCCGCACCCAAUAUAUACUCAGGAGGAGAUUAAGAGACAUAAGAAGUGGUGAACUGAGAGCUCUCAGAAUCUUCGAUGGCUUCAGGAAGCUCUUCAAAUGAGUCUUUCAGGGUCUCAGACAACAAAACCCUCUUGUGAUUCCCACGAAGGAACUUGGAUCUGUGAAAGCUAAUUCAAUAGAAAUGUGUUCCUGUUCUUAACAUUACAUAAAAACAGAGGAUAACAGAAGAUGAAUAAAGCUGUUGUUCCACUAAAGAAACUUCUCCUGGGGCUUGAAUAAAACGAGUUCUCCUGCACAAUGGCUUUGAGUUUCCA